AUGAAUGAAUUAUAAAUAUUUGAAAAUUAUCGAUGCCUCUAUCAUUAAGUUUAAUUUUUAAAUUGUUUAGUAAAACAAAAUGAUCAAGAACAGAAACUUAAUAUUCAUGUAAUAAAUAAAUUUAUUAGUAUGAAUAGAAUCACAUAUUGAAUAGAGUAAAAUAAAUUUUGAAUUUGAAAGAUUAAAAUUAUAUGAGAGUUUAAGAAAUAUUAACUUUAAAUGUGAUAAAUUGUCUUGAAGACAUUUUAAAAUUGGAAUAAUCAGAAAUAAGAUUAUUAUACUAAAAUAUAAAGAUUUUAGUAGAAUAUUUAAUAUAUUUAAAUGAAUUCAUUAGUUAAUAAGCUUAAUAAGUGUUAUUAGGUGAUAUAGUAAUAGAUAUAUAAUUAAUGAAUAAAUAAAUAGAUGAAUGUAUUAAGAAAUGCAAUAUAAUGAAUAAAUAACAUAAGCAUUUUUUUGAGGAAUAUAAUGAAUUAUAAGAAAUAAUAAGUAAGACAACAAGUAAUAUUAAUGAAUCAUCAUAAUUAUUAAUAUAAAUAAUUGAGGAAGUAAGAGAAUAACAUUUAAUAACAGAAAUAUAAAGAAGAUGCUAAUUAAAAAAUGAGGAGACAAUAAAAAAUUUAGAAAUGUAAUUGUUAUAAUGA